AAGUAACCACGAGUCAACAUGGAUUUCAGCAAUAAAGUAAUUAUAAUAACGGGCGCAAGUUCAGGCAUCGGCGCGUCAUGUGCCCUUCACUUCGCCGCUUUACGUGCGAAACUAUCACUUGUAGCAAGAAACGUCGAUAAACUUCGCAAUGUUGCUGAAGAAUGUGAGAAAAUUAGUGGAACCAAACCUCUUACUAUCGCUGCUGAUAUAAGUGUUGAAGAAGACAAUGCCCGAAUAAUACAAGAAACAGCGGAAAGGUAUGGAACACUUGACGUUCUAGUUAACAACGCCGGAAUAUUAAUUAUAGCGGGUUGUCUUGAUAAUAUUAAAAUUUUUGAUCAGAUGAUUGCAACGAAUGUUCGUGGUACCUAUCUUUUAACCCAGAAAGCGAUACCAUAUUUAAUUGAGACGAAAGGAAACAUAAUAAAUGUUUCCAGUGUUGUGUCACAAAGUGUUAUACCACCAAUGACAGCCUAUUCAAUGACCAAGGCAGCUCUUGAUAUGUUUACAAAAUGUGCAGCGUUAGAAUUAGCUCCCAAAGGUGUGAGAGUGAAUGCGAUUAAUCCAGGUCCAGUUGUAACGAACCUAUUUAAAGCUGGUGGCUUUAGUGAUGAGGCUAGUGAUGAUUUCUACGCAAAUAUGCAGAAAAUGAUGCCUCUGAAGAAGGUAUCCCAAGCAGACGAUAUAGCUAAGUUAAUUACAUUUUUAGCCAGUGAUGAUGCUAAAUGCAUUACUGGUACUACUAAUUUAAUUGAUUGUGGCUUGCACCUAGGACAACCAUUACUUUGAAUAUUAUUCAUGCAAAAGUUAAUAAUAUUUAAUAUUUAAUUGGUUUGACCUAAAAAUGUGUGUUGAUAAUUAUAGAAUAAAGGAGUAUUGUUUAAUUUAA